CCGUGCCAGCCGCGCCGUAUAUACACCAAAACUCCGGCUCGAUCACAUCACAUCACUCUCAAGUCUCAACAGUAACGCACGCACCAUCUCUCGCUCUCGGUCUUGCACGCGAUCGAUGCCUCUCUCGGCGGCUUCCAUCCUCCGCGCCUCCUCCCUCGCCCUGCUGCUGCUGGCGGCCACGGCGACGGGCGGCGACGGCAGCACGACGAGCGACUCGUCCGUGGCGCAGUCCAUCGACGACACGGAGAUGUACCUCUGCUACCUCUGCACUGGGCGCAACCCGAUGCUGAUCAGGUACUGCCCCAUCUACUGGGACUGGUGCCACCUCGUGUGCUACGCCCCCGACGUCGCCGCCGGGCCCGCUGCGUCCCUGCGGCCGGCAGCGGAAGCCACGGCCCCCCGCGAGACAUACGCCCAGCUGGGGUGCUACGUCAUGAAGCUGUACCGGAACGGCACCUACGUCAUCGUCAGCCGCCACGACUGCUCCAAAAUGGCCAGUUGCAUCCUCUCCUGCGGCGGCGGCGACGUCGCCGACCGGAAAACCUUGGGCGCGGCGCCGCUGCCGGUUACAGCGACGGCGCCCCAGGGAAUGCUGCCGUCGUCGCGCGUCGCCGAGUUCCAGCGGUGCGGCGAUCAGGCCAUGGGCCUGCCUCUGAGCGCCGUCCCCGGCCGCGUGUAGCAGCUAGCGGCGCCGGUCAACUUUGGGAGGAUGAGCGCGUAUCGGCAUGCAAACAUGCGUGCGCGCUUGCAAGGCAGUUGACAAGAGAUAUGAUCGGUUGUGUAUAGAGUUGCUAAAAAAUAAAAUAAAAGGGCCCCUGUCGUUCAGUUGACUUGAAAAAAAAGCCCUAACGUGA